CUUGGACCUGUUUCGUUAUUUGCGAACCGUUUGCCUCAUCAGUUGGGCAUGAUUCUGUUCCAUCCAUUGGCCCUAUUCGAGCUGCUCAUUGGAUCGACUCGAGUGAUUUAUCUGCCGAUUUCGAUCGAACAGCCAACGGCUGCUUGAAAUGGGCCUGCUCACUCUGCAGCUUCGUUCGGCGGCUAUGCAGCACCCCACGUCCACGCCUGUCAUCCGUGCAGCCCAAGCAUGACCAUCAGCCUCAUCACAAAGAAUGAAUGAACAAUCAGACUCGUAUUCAGGUAUCUAGCGGAUCGAGAUAUCGCUCGGCCGGCAGGUCAGUCGACCUCCUGCUUCAACUUUAUCUGCCGUCACAUCAACCCAUGGUCAGUCACGAUGACACCGCCAACGGGAUAUUUGUUUGCUUCCAUGUGCAACUGGCAACCCAGCCAAUAGUUGACCGGGUUUGAGGCUGUUUCAACCUGUUGGGAUCGUCCCAUUCGAGCCGGGAUCUCCUCGGUCCAGAAGCUGAUAGCCUGAUCAUCUCUCCUGGCAGCUCACCGCUGAUCUUAAUUUGUUGAUGGAUUGUCGACAGAUUCCAGACCCCCGUUGGGCCUGAGAAAACGGAGGAGAAAUUACAAGUCACAAGAACUGUCAGCUGUCGCUAUGGAGAGCACCACAAACUCCCCAGACACUGCAAUCCGAUUCCCCCCUCCGAACAUGCCUUCAAACAAGACCAGCAACGGCAGCCACAGCGCCUCCCGUCUACUCGUGUGUGGCUUUGUUUAGCCACCCUGAUUUCAUCCUCGUACCGAUCAAAGCCACCCGUUCGUGCCGCUCCCCAAGACCGAUGGAUCCGAAGCCAUGACGUCUUUUAUUCAGCCCAAGUCACCUAUUCAAAGGUUAAUUUGGGACAAACGUGCAUGCGCUUGUUGAGAGCUGCAUGCUGAAGCAAUAGACAAGAGACGUUCUAAGGCUUUGUGAGACUGGCCGCAAAUAGAGCUCCGUGCAGUGCAUCUGCAAGGACCAGGCUCUACCUCGCUUCUUCCUUGUGCUGUACAACUAUGCUUCUAUUUGCUGCCCGAUUUGACGUCCCGCUCGUGUUUCGAUUCUACCGGCUCUUGCAUCUGCUGCAGGCAUCGUAUUUGUUCUCCAUAUCAAUCUUGUUUGUAUUCUAUGUAGUUUGUUCUCUUAUUUGUUCGAACAGCAUGCUCGAGGAUGUUGGGACUGGACAAGUUCUUGGUGUCCUUGGGUGCGGGCGUAAUAUUCAGCUGAGAUGGGUAGUUCUCGCCAGGUCUGAACACUGGAUCUCUGUAGUAUUAUGAGUCUGUCUGUUGCUGGGUCGGCCUUCUCGUACUCAUGGCAUCCGGAGUUUUGCCCUUCGCUGUGAGGGAUCCAGAGAAGAAGAGUUCGCCACCCCGUGCUGGGACUUUAGCAGAGCGAAGACAGGGUCAGGAAUAGAGAGAGGACGUUUACUGCAACACGUAGGAAUGAGGUCCUUGUUGAAGGGAUCUCUCAGGACUGUGACCAGUCAGAAAUGAUUGCGCGACUCACUUGUCUCCCUCUUGCUCUCUCGCUCUCCCUCUCUGCCUUUCCCUCGUCGCCUCUUCCCCGGAGCCUCGGCGCUGGUGCCGGCGGAAAGCCUCCGCUAUCGGCGGGGUUAAAUCAACUCCCGAUGGAGAUGCACGCCGUCGCAUUGGAACGGAGGCGUCGAUAGAUCCUCUCUAUCUCCAUCUCCAUCGCCCUUGCUCGGUUGUUGAGACCUGGAAUCUUGCAGCACAAGGGUCAUUGCUUUUGCCGGUGGUACACAGCAAGGCAGGAUAUCUGCGCGGAGAGCCCAUUCCGCGACCGCCAGCGAUACAUAAACUGCUUCCCGCACACGGAGUGGGUUGAUUGAAUAUCAUCUGGAUUGACACCUCUUGGGAGAAAGCUCUGGGAGAGACUUCUAUCAAAUCACAAUGCGCGCACCAGAAUCAACCUCCCAUCCCUACAUCCUCGAGACAUCUCGGGGCUCACUGAAAGGCCUAGAACAGCGCGACCCAGCGGGGAACGCAGUCCUCUAUCGCUUUACCAAAGUCCCAUACGCGCUGCCACCCACAGGGUCUCGUCGAUGGCGUCGACCCCAGGCCUUACCGCAGGACUUUACCUUCAAUAACGCGCAAGGCGCGCCGGGGGACUAUACGAGCUUCGGGCCCAUCUGCCCACAGCCGCACUAUGACCACGGCUCGAUCGCCCUGCCGAACCCGAAUGCCGCUCCGCCGGUCGAGAACGAGCAGGACGAGGACUGCCUCUACCUGAACAUCUGGGUGCCGGCGUCGCGUCCACCGAGCCAAAAGGGGUGGCCCGUCCAGUUCCAGAUCCAUGGGGGCUGGCUCCAGGUCGGCGACGCCCUGCAGCAGCACGACACGGACCCGUUCGACCUGAUCGCACACACGACGCCGCGCAUCAUCGUCUCGCCCACCUACCGCCUCAACCUGUUCGGCUUCCUCGCCGGGUCGGAACUGGCCAGUCUCAAGGAAGACGUGUCCCCGUCCAACUACGGCCUGUGGGACCAGCGGUGCGCGCUGGAGUGGGUGGCGAAGCACAUCCACCUCUUCGGCGGCGACGCCUCCAACAUCACCGUGGGAGGCCUGUCGGCGGGCGCCAACAGCACCUUCUUCCAGCUCAACUACGACACCCUCCUGCCGCCGGAGCAGAGACUGAUCCGGCGAGUGUACCUGUGGUCCAACGCGGUGGCGAUCCAGCCGAACCCGACGACCUCGCCGGUGCUGACGCAGCAGUUCAACGACCUCUGCGCGCUCUUCGACAUCCCUUCCUCCAGCAGCCCGCGCGAGAAGCUCGACCGGCUCCGCCAGGUCCCGGCCAAGGAGCUGAUCGCGUCCCUGGCCAAGAUGAAGAUGCACACCUUCCGCUCCUCGACCGACGAGUGCUUCAUCCCCAGCACGUUCCUGGCGGCGCUGCACUCGGGCUCGUUCACGACGCGCCUCGCCGAGAACAACAUCUCCGUCUUCCUCGGCGAGGUCUGCGACGAGAAGGAGCUGUACAAGAUCGUCAACCCGCCCGCGUCGUACCAGGGCCUCAUGACGCAGCUGGCCAACUACUACCCCGCGCACGUGGUCCAGGCGCUGUUGCCGCUGUACUCGCUGCCGGCGCGCAGCUCGACCAACGCGGCCGAGUGGGCCGAGGUGUUCAGCCAGAUCGUGGCGGACGCGCAGGUGCACGCCUCGCUGCGCGGGCUAACGCACGUCCUGCUCAACCCACCACCCCAACAACACCGGGCCGUCAAGCCCCUGCCGCCCGCCAACGUGCACCGCUACCGCAUCUCGUGGCGCGCCCGGAACCUCGACCGCUGGAUCUCGCCCGCGGUCGGCGUCUGCCACGGCCUCGACACCCCGAUCUGGUGGGCCAGCGGCUGGCGCGCCGACUACACCGACCAGGACAAGCAGGUCAUACAGCGCUUCCUGGCCCCCUUUGGCCGCUUCCUGGCCGGCGAGCCGCUUGGCGGCGGUGGCCGAGGAGAGAGGUUUGUCCGGUGGCUGGACCAGGACGGCAACGUGGUUGAGGACAGGGAGGACGAGCUGUGGGAGCGCGGCAUGCGCAUCUGGGACAGAGUCUGGGACGCGCAGAAGGGGCUGGUGGUCAAGGAGAAGGACGGCGGAGAGAGCCGGCUUUGAUGCAGGUCAUUGAUAUAAAAUGUGAGGGAUGCGGGGGGAUCCCUUGAGUUCGAAUGAGGAUUGAGAAGUGAUGGGACGGUAUCAUUUGUGAGACAGGAGCUCGAGGGUCUGUAGCACCGACUCCCCCGCCACCCAAAAGCGCUGAAUUUAAACUUGAAAUUAUACGAUGAUCAUGAUCUAUCCAGCCACACAGUAGGUCUUGACGAGGGACAGUACCACCUACCCACUAUAUCACAUCACCACCCUCUGGUCCGUAUCCGCUGGAAAGCGCU